UUUAAACCGUGGCUCAGUCGCUUGUUCACAAUCAACUGCAGAAUAUUUAGUAGGUACUGAAAGUGACCAUAAGUAAACCGAGUUUCGGAGUUUAGUGAGGAAAUUAGCUUCGUUGCUGUGCAUCUGUAUAAAUUGUACGGUGUAUUAAUUUCUCCGCUCGUAUAUUUUAAUGUGAUUCGUCGCGAUUAAGGAGUUGUGGAUGGGAACAAGUUUGAAGCCGGUGUGGAAGACACAGGUCCCUCCAAGGAGUAGCCGUCGAAUGGCCAAACAACAGUGCAGUUAGUGUAAAAGCAGAGCUCGACAACGUCGGCGUUCAUCGUCUUCGCCAAGAAGUAGUGAAGCGUGGAAAGAUUCGGAUGGUUUGGGUUCGGAGUACAGGAGUGUUCGUGUGACGACAAGAAGUGAUAAACAACCAACCGAUCCGGUUAACGUUGACGGGAGAGUGAAUUGCUUGCUUGUUUGCUUGCAGGGGAAAGAAAGAAUCGAGCAGAGUUUCCAUGCUAUAGGUGGAAUGAAAUUUGUCUUCAUUCUGAUAAGUGAUUACGUUCUGUGAAGUCUCACUUAGGAUUGCUACCGAUAGAGUAUGAAUUGGACGGAAUAAGCAGAAGAGUGGCACCCAGUGUAUGCUAAUUUGCUUGUUCGGGCAGCCGACGAAGAAAGAAGCGGAUAUCCUGCGACGCGACCGUCCGAGUGAAUCUCGCACUCCCGGAAGAGGCAACAGUGUGUGGUGAAUUGGCCAGUCAGUGGCCCAUCAAUUAUCAUCAGCGUGUGUCGUCAUCAUCAUAGCCAUAGAAUAAUAAUAGCAAAAGUGUAUGUGAUAGUGUAGUUUGGGUCCAUCACUUGGAGUUGUUCUCGUCUCCUCUGUACCGGAAUACCUGCCUUCCUAUCUUCCCUACUAUUUUCGAUCUGGCAUGUUAGUGGAUUAACUCAAUCAGGAAUACAAUCGAGAACUCUCAAUGGAAGAGUGGUGCUUGAAAACGGCAGAUCAUUUAGGAUACUAAUUAAAACAUCCUCGACACUCGGGCCGAGGUCGACCGGACUGAUUUCCACCCAGUAGCUGCUAUUCUGCCAUGCCGGGUAGCCGUUCCAGUAAUAACGACACCGAGCACAAUAAGUCCCCUAGAGAGAGCGGUGAGGAUUCGGAGGAUGAAAGUGAAAUUCUAGAGGAAAGUCCGUGCGGAAGAUGGCUCAAGCGGAAGGAAGAGGUCGAACAACGCGAUGUUCCUGGCAUCGACUGUGCACAUUUGGCGAUGGACACCGAGGAAGGUGUCGAAGUUGUGUGGAACGAAGUACAGUUUUCCGAGAGGAAGAAUUUCAAAUCUCAAGAAGAAAAAAUACAGCAAGUAUUCGAAAACCUAACACAGUUAGAGCAUCCAAAUAUAGUCAAAUUUCAUCGUUAUUGGACGGAUACCCAUAACGAUAAGCCUAGGGUAAUAUUUAUAACAGAGUAUAUGUCCUCUGGCUCCCUAAAGCAGUUUCUCAAGCGUACCAAGAAAAACGUUAAGAAACUACCACUGCAAGCAUGGAAGCGGUGGUGUACUCAAAUUUUAUCUGCACUUAGUUAUUUGCAUUCCUGUUCGCCGCCAGUAAUUCACGGCAACUUAACCUGUGAUACAAUAUUUAUUCAACAUAAUGGUCUAGUUAAAAUUGGUAGUGUAGCUCCAGAUGCCAUUCAUCAUCAUGUAAAAACAUGUAGGGAAAAUAUGAAAAAUAUGCAUUUUUUAGCACCAGAGUAUGGAUCACUCGCAACGACGACCGCCAUCGAUAUCUUCUCGUUUGGCAUCUGUGCGCUGGAGAUGGCUGCACUGGAGAUCCAAGGGAACGGAGAUUCGGGUACGCUAGUCACGGAAGAGCAAAUCAAACGCACUGUCGAGAGUCUUGAGGAUGCCCAGCAGAAAGACUUCAUCAUCAAGUGCCUCAGUCAUGACCCUGCCAAAAGGCCUACCGCUAGAGAAUUACUAUUUCACCCGCUGCUGUUCGAGGUGCACCCGCUCAAACUGCUCGCCGCGCACUGUCUGGUGAAUACCUCAUCAAACUACGACGAGAUGCUGCAAAAGCUGAACAAACCGGACAUGGUAUACGCCGAAGUGCGACAGAUCGAGUACCACCUGGGCGGUACGGAAAAGCUGGAAAAGUUCGUAGAGGAUGUAAAGUAUGGCAUUUAUCCGCUGACUGCCUUUUCGGCACAAAAACCACCCGCUUCCCGACCACGAGCAAUAUCGCCCGAGACUGCAGAAUCGGUGAAAUCCGAAACGCCAGAGCCGCUAGAUAUUGAAACUAGGAGAGUUGUGAAUAUGAUAUGUAGUGUUAAGCCGGGAGAGGAUAAUUGUGUAUUAUUUAUGACAAUACUAUUAAGGAUGGAGGAUAAGAUGAACCGACAGUUAACAUGUCCCAUCUCGCCGGACGAUUCAGCCGUCGCGCUUUCGCAUGAACUAGUACAUUUAGGAUUUAUUCACGAGACGGAUCGUGAAAAAUUAGCCACAAUGAUAGAGGAUACGCUUAGGAGUAAACAGCAACAAUUGUUAGGCGCGGCAGCGAAAUUGCAAUCGUCCGGAGAACGAAUAGUGGUCACCGAUGGCAGUAGUGGUGGCGUUACCGGUUCCUCCUAUCCGCCAUCGUCCUUCGGUUCUUCGGUGACGGGUUCGUCCUCAACCAGCAAUCAUCUACACCAUCAUGUUCCUGUAAAUUCGGCCAGUCUGGAACGUGGCUGGAAGGUGGCGGAUACGGACCCCUUGCUGGCGACCAUGCCAGUUAUCAUGGAAACGUCCGGAAUAAGUGUAAAUAGUAUAGAUGCGGCUCUGUUCGCCAACCUAGAUGACGCCGAGGAAGCCCGCGAACAGCACGACGAGGAACUGGAGGCCCUGGAAGCUGCCACAUUUGCUUCCGGGGAGCCAUGCCCCGAACCGACACCAGAACCACUCGAGUUUGACGAGGUCGAACCACCAACGUCCAAGCAUCGAGUAAUCCCAAUAAGCUCUAGAACUUCCAGCAUCCCGCACGAAGGCGGCGAUCUUUACUGUGGUGAAACCGUCGCUUCGUACGAGGCUACCGAAGGAGUGUCGGAUUAAUGUGGAAAGAUACACUACAAAAAAUCGUCUUCAACGCACGUAAGCAGAUUUAUUUAUAAAUAUUUUGUACAUUGACAAAAUGAGGCAAAUGCGAUAUAAAAUGAAUUGCUAUGUAAUUACGUCCUGAAUCAGAAAUCAGCAUCCUUUGCGUGGAAGAAACACCCAAAUACGUACACACUUGAAUAUGCCAGUCGCAUGCAAAUGUAAUAGAACAAACAAUUGAAACAAACGGAAAUUGAUAAAUAAGACGCUUCAGAUUUCGUUCUAUGUAAACCUGAUUCAUGUGUUUUCUUUGAGAAAAUUUGCAAAAACCAAAAAACCGUAGUGCUACGGCAACUUUUAAAUACAAAUAAUAAAACUACAAAUAACAGUCAACUGUAGCGAACUUACAACCCAGGAUAUCAAAAAUAAGCUGAACGAACAACACCCGGCUAACCUGUCUCACUCUUGAUAAAAACAACUAUUAAUCAAUCAUAGUCAUACGUCUCAGCCGAACCCGAUGCAAGUUUUUUCUCUUGUAAAUUAACGAAAUUUAAUCAAAGUCAUCAUCAGUAUAAAGGAUAAUAGCAAGCAGCCAUUUUUAAUAAAACAAAAGUUAGAAAAAACUCAAAAGCAUCCAACAGAAAAAGACGAAAGCAUGUCGGAAGCAAAGGAAAUCAACAUAAGACUCUAAAAUUGCCACAAAUGGCAAUUAAAACAAAGCGCUGUAUUACCAGCUCUUUUAAAAAGCUACAUAUAUAAAGUAAUGAGUUUGUGAGGGAGGGGGACGGGGUCAAUCAGCGAGAUCAAGACUUCAACCAAUAGGGGCGGUAUGAGUGAGUGAGUGCGCGAGCGUGGCGCUUUGAAUCCCAUAGAAAAAAAGCGCGUUUGUGAACAACACAACGGGGAAUGUUGGCGUGAAGUUGCGAAACAAGGUCGGGAGGGUACAGCCAGUUGUUUAAGAAUAGUCAUUAAAUUGUAAAAUUGAAACAAUGGGGGAAAUCAUGCUUUGUAAGCAGAACAUAAAACGCGUGAAUUUACUAAAUGCUAAUAAAGAAAGCAGCAAAAAGGCGAAAUAAACAGCGUUUUUUCUAAUCA